AUGGAUAGCAAGCACAACGUUGAUGUUGUGCACCGAGAGGAUGUUGUGGUUCACGCUCAGCCAAAGGCAGACGAGAGGCCAUGGUACAAGCAACCCGAGUUGAGGAAGCUCUACUUGAUGAUGCCCUUCCUGUUCUUAGGGUCGACCACCUUGGGCUACGAUGGGAGUUUACUGAACGGCUUUGCUGUACUGCUGUUCACACCAUACAUUGCCGAUAUUCUUGGUCGGCGAACAGGCACGGCAGUUGGUUGCAUCCUUGUAAUUGUCGGCUCCAUCAUCCAGGCUCUCCCGCACCGCAGUAAUCCAGAUGCGAUGUUUCUGGCAGGACGCUUCAUCAUGGGCAUGGGCACCAACAUCUCCAAUGCGACAUGCCCUCUCUUGAUUACGGAGGUUGCUCAUCCGAGGCACAGAGGCAGGGUAACGACCAUUUACAACACGCUGUGGUAUCUGGGUGCAAUCCUUGCCGCAUGGACCACAUAUGGAACCCUGACUCAUAUCUCUUCGGACCUUUCAUGGCGUCUCCCAGUUGGUUUGCAGUGCGCCAUGCCUGGGGUCCAGUUGUUUGUCUUGUUCUUGCUUCCCGAAUCUCCUCGAUGGUUGGUCAGCAAGAACAAGCAUUCGGCAGCGAAGAAGAUGCUUACGCAAUAUCAUGGAAACGGAAUUGAGACCGAUUUCGUCGCAUGGGAAUACAACGAGAUUAGCCAGACGCUAGAAGCAGAGCAAGCCGCGAGUUCAAGCAGCGGAUGGUACGAGCUGGUUCGAACUCCUGGAAACAGGAAAAGAUGUCUAUUGAUCAUCUUGACUGCUAUCUUCUCGCAGUGCUCUGGUAACGGACUUGUGAGCUACUAUUUGGCUGCUGUGUUGAAGACUAUUGGUAUAACCAAAGCGACUGAUCAGGCUCUAAUCAACGGUGGACUCACCAUCUGGUGCUUCCUUGUUUCUCUCGGAUGUGCUUUCCUCGUUGAUCGUGUCGGACGACGAACACUCUUCCUUGGUGCCGGCCUGGGCAUGCUCGUUGCUUUUAGUGUCUGGACAGCAUGUAGUGCGGUGUACGCGCGCACAGGCAACUCGGGCGCCGGUUCCGCUGUGUUGGCCAUGAUCUUCAUCUUCUAUGGCGCUGCUGGUCUUGCCUGGCCCGGUCUGACCGUAUCCUACACUGUCGAGAUCCUCCCUUUCAAGAUCCGCGCGAAAGGUCUUACAUUGUGCUUUGUCUUUACGUCUUUGUCUGGUAUCUUCAACCAGUACGUAAAUCCGAUCGGACUUGAGGCACUUGGCUGGAAGUUCUACAUAGUUUAUGUUGUGGUGUUGAUCCUCGAAUGUCUGGCCAUCUAUUUCCUCUACGUUGAGACGAGGGGUCCGACAUUGGAAGAGAUCGCAAUUCUUUUCGAUGGCAAAGAUGCCCAUGUGGCUGGGGCAGAAGUGACAUUGAAUCAGAAAGGGGAAGUAAGGAGGCCCGAGAGCGGAGGUUGCUAGAGAAUUUUGUUACCCAUCGAAUUGUUUCUCAUUUUACGUUCAAGCUACCGAAUCGAUGUUACGAUAAGGCAUAUUUCCUUGAUCUGAGCGCAGCGACUUUUUCCAUCGUUAUCAGGGAUCAGGACAUACAGGAAGAACUUAAAUAUACUUCUCACAUGGCAUAUAAACUCCCAAAUUACACUUGACCCAUCUUCUAUCUCCUGAUUACCUAUUAUCCUAUCUCUUCAGCACUCUCGCUCCGGGACUUCCACACGCAACAUCCACGUCAGACUGUGUCAUACCAUAUUGAACGAGUUUACAGUGUUGGGACUAAAUAUUUGGAAAGGUAUGAGCAGAAUUAUGGCUAAGCUUGUUGCGUUAACAUAUAGACAUGUCAA